UCCUGCACCUUUGUUAGCACAAGUAACCUCCCACUUCAGCUAUGCUGUUGUUGGGGGAUGGAUGUGGAAGCAAGAUGCAGUCAAAAGAAAAGCGUUUGGAAGAAAAGGAGACUCUGGUGGUCUUUCUACUCAUUGUAUUACUUACUACAAGCCUGGAACUAGAGCAUAGCACAGUUAAACUGAUUUGUAGUAAAGAUGCAGAGGUUUUAACUGAUAACAUUGCAUGUUUAAUGCAGAUCUCUUCCCAAAGGGAACUGAAAAUGUAAGAAAAAAUGUCUGAUGUUUGUACAAGAUGUUGUGCAAUACUUGCUUGGAAUAUAAGCUGUGUUCAGGAGUAGUAGUGAUGGAUGAUUUAUGAAGAAUCCAAAGGGGAAGCAGAAAUGGGGCAGGGGAAAUGAAAUCAGACAGACAAAAGUAUUUUUGUAUGGUUUUGUUGGCUUUGAAGGCAGUUGUGUGCUUCAUUCUCCCAGCCCUGAGAGUGGGCCUGUAAAAACUUUAUGUAUCUGGGAGAAAGAGAAGUUGCUUAAAUUUGCCUCACUUGGCAUUUUUGUGGGAGGGGGAGAAAGGGAUUAUAAUUCCCACUGAAUUCUGGUUUUUUUUUGGGGUUGUGUUUGUUCUUUUGUAAAAGCAAGUUGGAGAAAAACUGGUAAGAAUGAGGGACCAGUGAAAGAAAGCUGUGUAGAAGAUAAAGGCAGAGGGAGAGAACACAGGCAGAAAUGACAAAUACUGGAAGUUAAAUGACCUUUUGGGGAGAGGAUCACAAACCAGAUAAGUAAUAGAUUAUUUAGAGUCUCAUCUUCUUAAAUGAUGUGCUGUAUUUGAAUAUUAUUUUACAUCUCUUAGAGAUGAUUGUUUAUGAAAAAUACAAAUGAAAUCUCAGGAAAUAUUUACUAUUUUGAUUGAUUUAAUAGAAUAGAUUUAUCUUAAUUACAGUGCAUUAGUAACCCUGAUUUAUGUACUUGAGGUUCCUCUUUCCUGUGAGUUAUUGCUGUCAUGCCUGAGAACUCAAACAUAAAGAUUCAUCAGGACAUAUAAUCAUUGUAUGGAAAUUGAUUAUUUAGUGUUUUUUAUCUGAUUUGAGUCGCUCUCUGUGUACUAACAAAGAAAAUUGAAUGCCUUAAGUGGAAAAUGAUGCAUUUCAAAAUGUCAAGAAAAAAAAAUUACUUUCUGAUUCUGUGUUCUUUUGUUUCUUUCUUCUCAAACUAAAUUGAAACUGGUGAUGUUUCUUAGUGUUGCUGUUGUAUUUGCUGCCUCUCUGGAGACACUUGGAUUAAAAUGUUGUUUAAGGAAUAAAAAUGCUGAGGUGAUGUUUUGGAAGGCUUUUUUUGUUGUUGUCUUAGGCUUUGAUGUGGGACCAAAACCAGACGGUAUGGGGUUAUUUAGAAAAAUGAAUGCUAGAUUUGAAUUUUAUUAGAGCAGGAUUACAUGUUGUUUGUCUUCUAAACUCUUGAACAGCUCUUAAGGCUGCCUUGUGGGAGCUUCAAAAAUUGCAGUGAAGUAGCACUGGUGGGUAGGCCAGUUUAAGUCCAACACUGACAUGACUAAAAUUCAUAAAAUACAACAUCAGCCUUAAAGACAUUCAGGUGAAGAUCUUCCUUUUUUUGUUGUUUUUGUUUUAGAAGUGUUGCCUUUUAAUGUCUGCAGUCAGUACAGAAAUUAUUUGGUGUUUAUUUGUUUUGAGGAUAAUACAACAAACUUAAAAAGGAGAGAGAGUUACACAAAUGUAAGUUGUUGGCUUUAUGGAUGUGUAACUGUGUAAACAUUAUUCUAUUUUAAGCAGAAGAUGUGGAUGUGUAAUUAAUUACCAGAACCAGGGUUCAGUCUUUAUCAUCAAUAAAAUUAGUCAUCUAAUACAGCAUCAUCCAGCCCCUUUGUAGGUGAGGAGGUUGGUGUGAUGUAAGUUUGUGAGAAGAAUGGUGAAGUUGUUUCCAGACUGGACAGGGAAGGGAAGGAGGAAAUGUUUCAAAGCGUGCCAUUAAUGAUAAGCCUCACUUAAGCUAUAAAAGUUUUAGAAUGAAAUGCUUUCGUCAAUGCUCACAUAAAAAAAAAAAGUUAUGAGAAGCAUUACUUCAAUCUGUAACUUUGUGGAAAUGCAGCCUGAAAGUAUUUCCAAAGAUUAAGCUGUCCAAGUUAUGGUGACUUCAGAGGGAAGAAAUGGAAGUAAGAGGGAGAAGGUAUGUAUGCAUGUUUCAUGUAACUUGUAAUUUGAAGUUACAAACAAAACAUGACUUACAAAAACCCAACCACAGCUUGCAGUGUGUAGUGCGUGAGGACCUUGAGGUGUUUGUGCUAAGGGAAUGUCACUGGUUCAGAUCUGGAGGUUGUUUAGUGCAUGGUGACCCAGAGGAAAUAAUGGAGGUUGCAGGCAUCAGUGUUGUAGUUUGUAAGGGACUGAUCAAGAACAGGUCAUCAAUAACUGAUCUGAUCUUCUGCUUAGGUUUUAGUCACAGCAGAGGAGCAGAGCGUGGUGACAGUGCUGUUAUAAGGUGGGAGCUGGAGGUUUGCCACAGUUCAGCAUCCACCUGAACAGGCUCCUGAUGAAAAAGUUCAUCAAGAGUCUACAUUUAAAGAAGUUACCUCAGGAUUCAGGAAGUACUCAAGUGCCAAAUUAGUGGAGACUAGAAGGGUAUUUUGAGGAAGUGUUUGUGUUGGUUUAGCUUUUUCCCAUUUGCAUUUCCAAAGCCACCUUUAGAGACGAGAUAAGGAUGAGAUGAACCUUUGGUCUGAGCGUAGCCACCCUGUUCAGUUCUCUGCCUGUGUACUGUAAAAAAACCAAACCCAAACAAACCCUGUAAUUGUUGAAUCAAUACAUGUGAUAAGCAUUUAGUAUUUUCUGAUGGAUAAAGCACGGAGGUACACGUGAACGGUGCAUUUCUUCUGUCAGUUAGUAAUCAGCAAUUCUGCUCAAUCUCCUGUGAAUAUGAGGUGUGCUGGUUAUAUCUGAAACUGUGCAAGUUUCCUGCCUGGGGGGAAACACAGCUGCUGAAGCAAGUGGUGGAAAUAAUUUGGCUACUGCAGCAGAAUUGCAUUAGGUUAGACUGGUAGGGUGAUACUAAUACAGUGAUACAGAGUGAAGUGUGGGCCACAGCUGAGGUGUCAAUGUUUCCUCCCCAUGCCUGUUGUUGGUGAUGUUUUGUUGGAGGUGUAUGCUGUGCGCUGCUGCACAGCGAGUAAAAUAGGAUCUCUGUGGGGGAGGGUUGUUUUCAUCUCCCUGUGCUAACAGCCUCUGUACCUUGCAUCAUGAGCUUCCUGCAUUUUGCUGUGUUUUCAGUGUUUUGUGACACACGGAGGGUAUCUGCAGGGCUUACUUCAGGCACAUAAUUUAGGAAAAAUUGGGGUUUUAAGAUGGUCCUCUCUCUAUGGUGCAGAAUAUUACAGAAAUAUAUGGAAGGUGUUUAGGCAUCUCUGUUGUGGUAAUUAAAGCAGACAGCACAUUUGUUUCUUUCUUCUUUCUCUGUUCUACCUACACUAGACAAUUUCUGUGGUUUUGAUAAAAUUGGAUAUGUGGUUUAAAAUGUUGUCUGUCUUUCGUUUAGUACCACUGGGAUCAGGCUUAAUGCAAAUACUAGUUUAUCUACAUGCUCCAGGUAAUUUGUUAUGCUCUGCUGGGGUCAGGCCCCACAGUGCAUGAAUAACUAAGGUCCCUUCCAGCCUUAAUUGUUCCAUGAAAGUGAUAUUCCAGAAUAAAAUUACUUUGCAAGUCCGGAAUUACUGCACCAAUUAUUCAGCUGGGGAAUCAAAAUAUUUGGGACAAUGACCUCGCUUAAAGGAUAGGAAAAAGCCUUCCCUUAAGCCAGCAGCUAAUGUUGAUUCUUCUUGAAAGUUUGUAUUGCCUGAGUGUUUUCAAGUAGCCUUUGAAAAGUAGGAUUGGUGGAGGGAUUGUGUACGUCAGGGUGACGUGGAGAAAAGCACCACUAAAGAGGUGUCUGUAGAGCAAGGGAACCAGUACGAAGGUUUAAAAAGCAGACUUUUGAAACAGGAGGAGUGGAAUUGAGAGCAUUGUUCUGUAAGGAGAAACGUUGCAACAGAACUAGAAUUCCUAGCCUUUGUCAAACAAUGAGGGUAAUAAGCUUGGCUGUAAGGCAUGGAAAAAACUAUCUUGGCCAAGUGCAUCGGAAUGGAACAGCCUGGGAUGCCAUCAGUUUCAUUCUUGCUCUUUUCUGGUACCUGCAUCCAGAAAAUACUGGACAGGAAUAGGAUAGGAGGAUGCUGUUAGAGAGCUGAGAACAGAAUAGGGAGAAAUACAGGGAUGCAAAGUUUGGUGAGUAGUUCUACAGCUGAUGAAACCCAUGCCAAGCUUCCUGUUCAUUUGUGUCUUCCGCUGAUUGGCUUUAAGGACUUCUUGCCAUGAUUAAAUCAUUUGUAAAGUUUAUCCUGGUGAAGAAUCUGCAGUGUCCAGUUAUAGGAGCUCAUGCUACAGUUUUUUUUCUAGCUAUGACACCCAGUGUUCUUGGCAGGGUCAGGGUUUUUGUUUUUAUGAAACUUACAUGGAAUUAAAUUAUCUUCAUGACUCCCAUCUCUUAACAGACCUAAAUGGAGUGAUGGUUAGGUUCAGAAUUUGAGGGGAGAAGUAUAAUAGCAGAAAUGUGCUGAGUAAGCUUGCAAACCUGCUGUACCAAAUCUGCCUGUACCCACAUCUACUGAUGGAAGGGCUUGCAGUAGCCAGUGGUGCAGACCAUUGCAGGGAAGAGUGUGGCCAUGGGAAACACAUGAUCUGUAGGUAUCUGUAGCUGCCCUCACUGAGAUCUGCCUGGAACAUCAUGACAGAUGCAUCCAUGUUUUGUCUCUCUUGAAACAUUGAUCAAAACCUGAAGAUUAAAAUUUAACAGCAGCUACAAAGCGUGCCAUGUCUACUAAUGAUCCUCUGCACAGUGUCCUGGGUGAAAAUUGAUUUCAAUAGUUCAUAAAUUUUUAUAAGCACUGAAACAGCUGAGGGUGGAUUUUUCAAGGGAUUUGUUGCUGAUGUUGAAAGACCUUAAAGGCUGAGACUUCCUGUUCUAGUGCUAGAAACAUCCUAUUCUUGCCUAGCCCUUGAGAUCAAAGGUUUUGUGAUGAAAUUGUACUUUUUAGGCGUAAAUGAAAUUUCAAAAUCAGACUGAAGAGAUGCAGUUCCUGCUUAGGUAUUUAUGAUCUGAAUUAUUUGAGCAAAACAAAUGAAAUGAGUGUUGGUUCAGGGGUUUGUGCCCAAUUAAAAAUUGCAGCUGUAUUUGAGCUAGUAAAAUUGUCUUUGAAGGUUCUGUAGAUAUGAGCUGAAACAAAAUGGAUUCAAUUUUCUAGUUAACUGUGUUAAUCUCAUAUGUAGGGAGGCACUCAUAUGUAGGGAGGCGAAUUUUAAUAAAAUGACUGGAUUAGAGAAGCUACUAGGUUUUUAGUGGAAAGAUAGUGUGAUAGAACUGUAUAACUUUAACACUGACCUUUCAGAACUGUUUGUUAUUGAGAAAACCUCCAGUUUAAACCUAACGUUAUUUAAAAAGAAUAACAGCCUUACUUCAAGAAGUCAUGUCAUGCUCAGGUUUUUUUCUCAGUUUUUAGCAAUCUGAAUGCAUCUGGCUGAGAGGGCUUCUGAACAUCAAAGUUCUUGUCUUUUUUGUUUCUUUUUUUUGGUAAGGAGUUUUCCUGCUGUGGCAAAUGUCUGGAUAUGAAUUCCUUCGCAGAUGAUUAAUAUUUUCCACAGUAUAUUACUGCUGUCAUAUUUUGCUAAGUUUUCCCUGGUUUCCCAUAAAACUGCUACUGUCUCUGGUAUGCAGGCAAGAUUUGUUAAUUCCUAAGUUAGCUAUGAUCCAAUGUGAGGCAAAUGCUUCAAGUAUUUUUAUUUUUGUUUUCUUUAAUGGCAAAAUAACCUCAAAGUUACUUUGAAAAUUGCACUUGUUUUGAGGAAGCGCUGGCUACUGUAUGCCAAGGCCUUGCUUUAUAAGGAAUGCAGGAAAUGGCCUGACUUGUUAUCAUUGCUUCUGUAUUUAGUGCUUGGACUCCAGGGAAUUCAUGUGCACUGAUUUCUGAUAGCUAUAAAGUACUUCUUGUAAAGAAAUUAGCAAAUUAUAUGUUCUGUGCUUGCGUAGAACAAAUUAUAAAUAGGGUAUUACAAGCCUUGGGUGUUUUUGAAAAGAAUGCUGUGCAACUCAUCUGAAAUAGAGAAGAAUGGUAACAUGGACAUGAGCAGAUGGUGAGAUUACCUCUGCUUAAGGUCUGCUAAAUCCGCUCUGAAGCCAAGGGUAGACAACCAGUGCAAGAGAAGUGCUGCUGCUUUACAUGGACAUCUGCUCUUGCGGCAUGGCCCAGAUAUCCAGCAGCAAUGGAUUCAAACAGCGCUCCUCACCUUCUCUGUCAGCCCCAAGGUCAAAAGAUGUGGACAAAGAGGAGGCACUGCAGAUGGAAGCUGAGGCAUUAGCCAAGAUGCAGAAAGAAAGAGGUAUAGCUGGUAAUAAACAAACCUUUCAUUCUUUAAGCAGCCCCAGACAAAAAGCACAGACUCAUAACAAGCAGGACCAUGAUCUCAUGGUGUUUCCAGAGGCUGAUGCCAAGAGCAUGGAAGAUAAACUAAGUACCAUUGACAUAGAGAAGCUUACUCAUGCUGAACUAGAGAAACUGCUGCUGGAUGACAAUUUUGAAUCUAGUAAAGUACCUACGUUACCAACAAGUCCUAUUUUGAGCCCAUCUGUGUCUUCACAAUUUUAUCUUGGGCCCACGGGUCAGAGGAGACAGUGGACACCUGGAAUACCAGCACCUGUGACAUGCACUUUACCUCCUAUUUACACCUCAGCUUCUUACACAAAACAGACUGGUUUAUUUCAGAAUGGGUUCCAUCCAAGUAUGUCGUCCUAUCCCCCUAGAGAGCCUAUUUAUCUUGGUCUUCCUAGACAGUCACAAUACAUUUCCUACCCCCUGGCAGCUACCACACCUUUCCAUCCACAUGGAGGCCUGCCUUUGUACCCUCCAGUACUCACACCAGAAAUGGCAAAAGUAUUUGACAAAAUUGCAAGCACUUCAGAAUUCCUGAGGAACGGGAAGUCGAGCACGGACCUAGAAAUGACUUCCAUAAAGUCUGCGGUGUCCAGCCUGCCGGCCUCGGAGAGCUGCGGGGAUGUCAGUAAAUUCGACUGGCUGGAUUUGGAUCCUCUGAGUAAACCAAAAGUGGACACUGUGGAGACUCUAAACAAGGCAGAGGGUGAUGGAGAGACGCCUUCAAGUAUGACUGCUGAAGAUCCGUGGGAUGCUGUUCUGUUGGAAGAAAAGCUGUUACUAACUUGUCAUCUGGAAAGAAAGGUUAAUGGGAAAUCUUCUGGAGCCACAGUCACAAGGAGUCAGUCCUUAAACAUGAGAACAACUCAGCUUGCAAAGUUACAGGGCCAAACAUCACAGUUGCAGAAAGACAAUGGGACCACUGGCACGCUGACAGAAAACGUGCUUCUCCAAGCAAUUGAAGGGCAGAAUCAAGAACUGUCAGCUUUUUCUGAAGCAGUUACGAAACUGAGGACCAAGUUUCCUUACACUGAUCAGCAAACAAACCCAGGUUUUGUGCUGAGUCCAAUCAUGCUGCAAAGAAAUAUAAGCGGGGAGAGUGCCAGUAUCAAGGUUUCAAUAGAAAUCGAAGAAUUCCAGCAACCAGUAACUUUCACAUGUGAUGUGAGUUCCCCUGUUGAGCUUAUAAUAAUGCAGGCACUCUGCUGGGUGCAUGAUGACUUGAAUGAAGUGGACAUUGGCAGCUAUAUCCUGAAAGUCUGUGGCCAAGAAGAAGUUUUACAGAACAAGCACUGCAUAGGAAGUCACGAGUACAUCCAGAACUGCCGGAAGUGGGACACGGACAUCAGCCUGCAGCUCCUGACCCACAGCGGGAUGUGCAGCGACCUGGCACGGACAGAAGAUGAUGACAAGACACCUGUACAUCUAACCAAACACCUCUGCAAAGUAGAAAAGCCUUUCAGAGAGCCUAUCAUAAGGUCUUCCAUUGAAGAGCUUCUUGAGGUGUAUCACAAGCAAGUUAACAUAGCCCUUAAGAAUGAGAACCAGCACAAAGCAGUAGAUCAUGUAAUUAAGACUGUCAGAAAAAUCUGUUCUACAUUGGAUUGUGUAGAGACUCCUGCAAUAACGGAAUCAGUGAAGAAGCUCAGGAGAGCUGUUAAUCUCCCAAGGAUUAAAAAUGCUGAGGUAUCCUUAAAAUGUGGUGAUGACAAUAGCAAGAGCCCCUCUGGUUCACUGCAGCCUGAACACCCUCUGAAAGUGAGUCUAGACCAGUUAACAAGAGCAGUUGAAGCCCUUCUGCAGCUCCACACGAAUUCCUGUAGCAGUUCAGCAGCAAUUUCUCCAGAACAGACUAAGAGUACCAAGGAAGCUUGGACUGCCACAGAACAUCUCCAGUUCACAAUAUUUGCUGCUCAUGGAAUUUCUUCUGGUUGGGUGUCAAAUUAUGAAAAAUACUACUUGAUUUGUUCUCUGACUCAUAAUGGAAAAGAUCUCUUCAAACCUGUUCAGUCCAAGAAGGUUGGCACAUACAAGAACUUCUUCUACUUGAUUAAAUGGGAUGAACUAAUAAUUUUCCCCAUCCAGAUUUCACAGUUGCCUUUGGAAUCAGUCUUACGUCUGACUUUGUUUGGAAUCCUAAAUCAAAGUAGUGGGAGUUCCCCUGACUCAAAUAAGCAGAGAAAGGGCCCAGAAAAUUUGGGUCAGGUUUCUCUACCUCUAUUUGAUUUUAGGCGAUUGUUAACUAGUGGGACAAAGCUGUUGCAACUGUGGACCUCAUCACAUCCGCAUCAUGUGUCAGGGAUGACCAGUAAGAAAGGAAAUAUGGAAAGAAUAGUAUUGCAGAUUGAUUUCCCAUCCCAUGCUUUUGAUAUUGAAUAUAAAAUUCCUCAAGCUACAAAGACUACUGUGCAUCAUUCUGUAGAAACAUUAGAAAAACCAUUGAGAGAACGUCUUCUUGCCAUUCUCUCCAAGGAUAGCACCAUUGGGCUGUCGAAAGAAGAUAAAGAAUUUUUGUGGGAGAAGAGACAUUAUUGUUAUAGCCAUCCUAAUAGCCUACCAAAAAUACUGGUUAGUGCCCCUCACUGGGACUGGGCAAGUCUUCCAGAAAUAUAUUCAUUACUUCAGAGGUGGCCUCCUUUAUCACCCUUAGCUGCACUGGAACUGCUUGAUUCAAAGUUUGCUGAUCAGGAAGUACGAAAUACAGCUGUGAACUGGAUAGAGACAUUGAGUGAUGAUGAGUUAACAGAUUUCCUCCCUCAGUUUGUGCAGGCAUUGAAGUAUGAAACCUACCUUGACAGUGCACUUGUGAAAUUUCUUUUGGCUCGGGCACUGGGAAGCAUUCGGAUUGCACACUACCUGUACUGGCUUCUUAAGGAUACACUGUAUGAUACAAAGUUUGGUGUAAGGUAUGAGCAAAUUCUUGGAGCUUUUCUUUCAGUCUGUGGAAAAAGGCUGAGGGAAGAGCUGGAGAAGCAGACCAGGCUAGUGCAGCUCUUUGGAAUGGUAGCAGAAAGAGUAAAGCAAACGAGUGGAUCUGCUCGGCAGGCUGCCUUGCAAAAUGGCAUGGAGCGUGUGCAGUUGUUUUUCUUGAAGAACAAAUGCCGUUUGCCUCUCAAUCCCAGUCUUGUGGCAAAAGAGUUAAAUAUUAAGGCCUGUUCUUUCUUCAGCUCCAAUGCAGUACCACUCAAAGUUGCACUGAUAAAUGCUGACCCGCUGGGAGAAGAAAUUAAUGUGAUGUUUAAGGUUGGAGAAGAUCUGAGGCAAGAUAUGUUGGCUUUACAAAUGAUUAAGAUCAUGGAUAAGAUCUGGCUGCAGGAGGGACUGGAUCUAAGGAUGGUUAUCUUCAAGUGUCUCUCAACUGGAAAAGACCGAGGCAUGGUAGAGCUUGUUCCUGCCUCAGAUACACUUAGGAAAAUUCAAGUGGAAUAUGGAGUGACAGGUUCUUUUAAGGACAAGCCUCUGGCUGAAUGGUUGCGGAAGUAUAAUCCUACAGAGGAGGAGUACGAAAAGGCUUCAGAGAACUUCAUCUACUCUUGUGCAGGAUGCUGCGUAGCCACUUACGUCCUGGGAAUCUGUGACCGCCACAAUGAUAACAUAAUGCUCCGGAACACCGGGCAUAUGUUCCACAUCGACUUUGGGAAGUUUCUGGGACAUGCACAGAUGUUUGGUAGCUUUAAAAGGGAUCGAGCUCCUUUUGUGCUGACAUCAGAUAUGGCUUAUGUCAUUAACGGUGGGGAAAAACCCACAAUUCGCUUUCAGCUCUUCGUGGAUCUCUGUUGCCAAGCUUACAACUUGAUAAGGAAACAUGCCAGCCUCUUCCUUAACCUACUUUCAUUGAUGCUUUCUUCUGGGUUACCAGAACUAAGUGGGGUUCAGGACUUGAAGUAUGUCCAGGAUGCUCUCCAGCCCCAAACAACAGAUGCAGAAGCCACCAUUUUCUUUACCAGGCUGAUCGAAUCCAGUCUGGGAAGCGUUGCCACAAAGUUCAAUUUCUUCAUUCACAACUUGGCUCAGCUACGUUUCUCAGGUCUGCCUUCCAAUGAUGAGCCCAUCCUGUCGUUUUCUGCUAAAACCUAUUCUCUCAAACAAGACGGCCGAAUCAAACAAGUGUCUGUGUUCACGUAUCAGAAGAGAUACAACCCAGAUAAACACUAUAUCUAUGUAGUGAGAGUUUUGAGAGAAGGGCAAGUUGAGCCAACAUUUGUCUUCCGAACAUUUGAUGAGUUCCAGGAGCUCCACAAUAAACUUGGCAUUCUCUUUCCUCUUUGGAAGUUACCGGGCUUUCCUAAUAAGAUGGUUCUGGGAAGAACACAUAUCAAAGAUGUAGCAGCCAAAAGAAAAGUGGAGCUCAACAGCUACAUACAGAGCCUGAUGAACAGUUCUCCAGAGGUGGCAGAAUGUGAUCUUGUUUAUACUUUUUUCCAUCCAUUACUUCGUGAUGACAAAGUGGAAGGAAUAGAUGGAAUAGCCAGACCUGCAGAUACAAGUCCAUCAAGUCCUACCUCAGGCAAAGUGGGAGGAGAGGUGAAGCUAUCCAUAUCCUAUAGAAAUAGCACUCUAUUUGUCAUGGUGAUGCACAUCAAAGACCUGGUUACAGAAGAUGGUGCAGAUCCAAAUCCCUAUGUGAAAACCUAUUUACUUCCAGACACGCACAAAACAUCCAAACGCAAAACCAAAAUCUCCCGGAAGACAAGAAACCCAACUUUCAAUGAAAUGCUCGUGUACAGCGGAUACAGCAUGGAGACUCUGAAACAGAGGGAGCUUCAGUUAAGCGUGCUCAGUGCAGAAUCGUUACGUGAGAACUUCUUCCUGGGUGGAAUUACACUCCCCCUGAAGGACUUCAACUUGAGCAAGGAGACUGUUAACUGGUAUCGACUGACUGCUGUACCCUACCUGUGAACUCAGUGAGACCAGAACAGUUGUAUUCACUUGUGCUUUGUGCAUCUUCCUACUUGAAGAUAACCUGUACAUCUAAAAACAAGAGACUCUCCAUUUCAACAGAUAUGUCGGACCAAUGUUCAGGUAGCCUAAUUUGGAGGAUUGCAAGAAAACCUGGUUUAUACCCAUGUGAUGUUAUCCAAGCAUCGUUUGUAAGCAUUUAAGAGUUGUGGGUAAAGGAAGGGGUUUUUAAACCAUCGUGGAAGUGGGAUGAGCAGUUUGACCAUGCUGGUUGGUUGAACCAUAACUCAAUCAUUAGGCCUGUGGAUGCAGUGCAUUUUUGCUUUUAAUUUGUUGUCUCUGUUGUGUCAUCUAUGACACGAUGCUGGAGAACAUCAAAGAAAUUGCUUAUUUUAGGAUUACAUUCACACUACUAACGAGAAAUCACAGAAACAGCGACAGGUAAACUUUUGGUGUCUGCACACACACCUGUAGAAAUGAAGGUUGAAGGGCUGGAAGAAUUCCUUAAAAACAUUUAAUUCCAGAUUCAUGCUUCUCUGAGACUUAUUGGAGUGAGUGCCAAUAGUGGAAGUUGUAAAUAAUGGUGCCUUAUAAUUCAAUGCUUCUCUUUUACCUCAUUUCUGGUAUUUAAAUAUGUAUACGUAUUAACUUUGAGCUCCUUAUACAGGGGGAACAUUCUCAUAUUUGAUACCUUGCAGGUCCUACUGGAAGCCCUUUCCCAGGAUGUGUUAUUUACAGAUAGCAUCACUUAUACUGAUCUUCACAGUUUGUUCAACUUAAAUUGAAGGUUUUUUUCUACUCCAUCUUCUACCCAUGGUCUCCAAAAAUUGAAUGAAGACUGGCUGAAUGUGGUACUGUAGGAAAUGUACCCAGCCUCUCAGUGGGGGUUUUUGUUGUAAUUUCUAGAACUUUUCAAUACUGCAGUGAUUAAGUGUGGAACAGAUUCAAACACUAAUCCAAAGUGGCAUUUGCAUCUGUGCUUCCAGGGAAAGGGUGGCCUCUAAUUGAAAAGCACCACUGCUGGCUGAAUUGCAGGCCAGAAAUUAGUUCAUAUUAACAGCUUUGAGAGAGGAAUUUGGCUGGGCUUUUUUUUCCUUUAGCAGUUCACAGCAAUACUGUUUUUCACUCCCAGUAAGAAGUACUCCCACUAAACUACUUCAUUCCAAGGAACAUUAGAUUUGAAUACAUUGUGACAGAGGAGUGCAAAUGUCACUAUCUCCCGUUAAUACCACUGGAUACUUAAUUAGGCCUUUCUGCACUACAGGUGUCACCUUUUUGUUCACCUUAUUUGGGAUUUAGGAUGUUCGUGUUCUGUGUAAGCAAAGCUCUAAAGUUGCACAGUUCUUUAGUACAAAAUCGUGAAGCAAACUUCUAAAGUGAAUAUGCAACUAUGAAUAAGGAGACAAUACAGGGAAAGCUUCUAUCUACCCAACACUAAAAACCCAUUUUAUAAUCCAAUUUUCCUUCCCCUGCUACUGACCAAUCUCCCUUCAACAAAGAAGAGAGAAGUAAACUUGAAUCUCCUGGUGCCUAAAUGAUUCACGGUCCAAUUUCAUAGGAGUUAUUGCAAUUAAAAAGCUAAUAAUACCUUGAAUGUUAGAAACUGGGCCAAUACUAAUGGGCGCUAACAAAUCCCAGUCGUAGUAGGCAUCCUCUGCAUAUUUUUCAUUUAGUAUAUAGCCUGUAAAUAAUAAACUAUAUAACUAACUAGAUGUAUUUCCUGCUCACUUGAUGCUUUUGAGACUUACUCCAUUCCAUCAUUAGAAUCACAAGUCACUUAAACACAGGAAAGUAGACUACUGUUUUUGUGAAACGUUCCAUUGUGAAAUAAAAUGAAAGCAAUAUGGACUGCCUUUUUUGCAGUUUGCUAUUAAAGCACAGUGUCUUACAGCACAAAAUACAAUUAAACUAAAAUCAUUUAAAAGUUACUUGCAGUUUUAACAGUUGUCUGGACUGAAAACAAAGAGAAGUAUAGUACUGUAUUAUUGUUAGCACAUGUCCUGACUUCUGAUUUAAUCUUCUUCAUAGCUUAACUCAUUUUGUGCCUUUCUCUUCCUUUUCAAAAUCGUCACUGGCUGGAGCUUUUUAUGGUCAUGGAUUUUAUGUUGUCUGUGGGAUCUGGCCUUGGCCUCUCCUCACGUGUAGAGGACCAGCACCAAGUUUGCACCUCUUUGCACUAUUCUCAAUUAUGAAAAAACUGACUGUUGCAAUAAGAAUUUUACCAUGCUACGUAGAAAAACCAAGAUGGAUGUGAAAGAGGGAAAUAUUUGAUUGGGAUGGAAUAUACCAGUAUGCUAAGUAGCUUGAAAAUGUAGUUUUAACAGCUUUUUAUACCUUGUUUAAUGAAAAGAAAAAAAAAAUAUUUUAUGCACCGUGUGACCUGCAGCCAGACGUGUUAAUUGUCCCUCCAGACCUUGUGUUGGUAUCCGAGAGCAGCAGCUUGCGCUAGGACCUCUUCCUCUACUAACCUCCAACUUUGCACUGAACUUUUUAUUACUGCCUUUGUACGACAGCUGCCUGUCUCUGGACGCAUGUGCGAUCUUUGGUAAACGCUCUUUUCUCUAUUUUUACAACUGUAGGGUUGUGUAGAACCCCCCGUCACCCGCCUUAAGGCCGGGGCUGCCCCGGGCCCGCCGCAUCCCCCUGGCCGGGCGCUCCCUGAGGGCGCAGCGCGCCGGGGGGGGCCGGAGGGCAGCGAGAGCAGGGCGCCUCCCUCCGUCUGUGUAUCUCUGAGAACCAAAUACUUCCAUUAAACGAUAAUAAAGAUGUACAACACGGCCCCGCGUCGGGCGCGUUCGCUGUGACUCCGUAACUCUCCUGUACGUACAUUAAACACUAUUCUGGAAUAAA